CAAAGAGGAACGGACUGACUUAUUGAGGAACGUCGUCAGUCCAGCUGCAAAACAUAAAAACAGACCAGCAGUUCUGUUCAACAGAUCUAUAUGCAAUGACAUCAAAUGACUGGACUGAGUAGCAGCAAGCGGUUAGGGUUCAGGUCAUGAAAGAAUUGUUGCCUGCUGAUUCGUGCGGAAAUUCGCCAUAACGAACACACAUGAUCAAGAACAGCAACUCUGAGUUCUUCUGUGUGGUGUUACAAGGGGCCUCUUCUCCAGCACCUUGGCGACUCACUGGCGUCAUUGAUCAUGUAGUCUGCAGGUGUGCACCCGAGUCCUCGCGAUGUUGUUUGUGCCAACACCAUUCAGUGCAUGCAAUUACCAGAAGGAUCUUAUGCAAGUUCUAAAAAAAAAAAACACCAGUUGUAUCAUCAUGUAUAUAUCUUAUUGCAAGAAUGUCAUCAGUUGAGAUUAUAAGGAGAAGGUUGCUGUGCCAUUGAAGUUCUGGAGAGCUAGGAUGGUGACUUUUCUGGCAAUGAUUGUAGGACAAGAAGGAUUUUCUUGGAUCUUGGAGGUGACUGGUAUGAUAAAAUGACUUAAAAACCUAGUGUUAAUAUGUCAUGAAGUUCCAUUCCACCCACGGCAGGGCUAUUACCCUGUUAGAUAACCGCAUGCAUGCUGUGCGAGAUGGUGCCACCUUUGGCAAUGGCAUUGUCUUUGGUGACCAACCACUUCUUGUUGGUCAGAAGGUUUGUUUGAAGAUGGGAUGUGUAUUCACUUGGAGUGGAGCUCUUCGCAUUGGUGUUACUACUCACAAUCCAGCCAGAUUAGCAGUUGAACAAUUACCGAAGUAUGUGUAUCCAGACUUAACAUCUAAAGAAGGGUUCUGGGCCAGAGCAGUCCCAGAAAAGAUGGUAAGCUCAGGAUGUCGGGUGAUGGUGUAUUUGACCAGUUCUGGCCACAUGCAGAUUUUUAUUAAUGGGCAGCAUAUGGGUGUCUUGCUGACAGAUCUGCCCACCAACCAAACCCUGUGGCUAUUGAUGGACAUCUAUGGAAAUACAACCAGCUUGAUGUUUGUGGAACCUGAAAAUGCACCCAGAGAAAUACUUGCACGAGGUCUGGAAGCGGUACAAGCCUAUGACCAAUCCUGUGGUAGCGGUGUGCAGCCUGUCUUUCGCACACGGCUGAUGUUGGUAGGCAAAGACAGAGUGGGCAAAACAAGUCUUAAACGAGCCAUAACAGGACAACAACAUAAUUCCGCUGAACAAAGUACAGAUGGUAUUGACCUGUCUGCCUCAUGCUCCUUCAGUUUAUCAAAUCGGUCAUCAUGGAAAUUAGCCAUCAGAGGGGAUAAUGUUCUUAACGAGGAAAGUCAGCCUGAAAGGCAUGACUUGGGCAUUAUAGGGGGUCCAGGUGGUCUAGAGGAAGAGUACAACUAUGCCAUUGCUUCAAACAUCGUUCAAGAAUUGUUGUUGCAGUCACGACAGCAGGAGACAGCUGGAAGUGAUACCAAAAUCUCUGGUCUUCACUCUUCAGCCAGCAUUCUCAACACAGGCUUGUGUCCCUUACACAGUUCUGUCCCAAGCAGUAGUUUAUCUACACCUAAAACCAAUAAGAAGAAUACUUCAUCUUUGCCCCAUCAGACUUUGGACAAAAGGCUUGAAGAAUGCAUGCCAGAGUUUUCACCACAAGUUCCAGAAAGAGUGGUCACAUUGGUGCAUGAGAUGCUGAACACCUUCCUGUCAAGAAAGGAGUCAGGGGUAACAGAAGAUUCAAGAAAACAACCUCUCCAGAAGGACAAGACUGUUGUUUUGAAUAUCUGGGACUUUGCAGGCCAGGCAGCUUAUUACACAACACAUCAGGUGUUUCUUACUAGUAGAGCCGUGUAUGUGAUUGUCUUCAACCUAUGCGAUGAUUUUAUUUUUCCUUCAGAAGAUGAUGACCAGAAUGAGAAUGAGUUAUCAACCCUAGAAUACAUGGACUUCUGGAUGCGUUCUAUUCAUGCACAUGCAGCGGAAAAUACUUCUGAUGAUGUAGACAAUACCACCUUGUCCCCACCAAUCUUUGUAGUAGGCACACAUCGUAACAGUCUCCAUGAGAAUCCUGAAGUACAAGCAGAGAUGGUGGAUGAGAAGUUUAGUGAACUUCGAGAAUUUCUGGCUGACAAACCAUACACACGACAUUUGGUGACACCAUUCUAUGCAGUGGAAAACAGUCUACCUUAUGGAGAGGACCUACAGAUCAUGCAGCUGAAGGAAGAUAUUGAGCGUGUAGCAGGACAACAACCUUACAUGGGAGAGCAAAUGCCAAUACGCUGGCUGCGAUUUGAACAAGAGCUGACUGAAAAAGCUGACUCGGGCACGAACUAUGCCUCGCUGAACCAGGUGAGGGAAAUGGCCCGAAAUCAUGGGGUGAAUACAGAUGAAGAGUUUCAUACCAUGCUAGCAUUCUACCAUGACCUUGGGCUUCUUAUUCAUUAUGCUGCCACUGAUGAUAGCACAGCCAUGCCAGAUGACGUGUUGGCAAACACCGUCGUGCUAUGUCCUCAGUGGCUAGCCCAGGCCUUCAAGCACAUUGUCUUGGACAGGCGGCCUAACGACCUGUGGGAUCUACAGGCAGAGUGUUGGGAGAGAUUAGAGAGAUCAGGCAUCCUGGACAAGACUCUCUUGCCAUCGUUGUUGCCUGGAAGUGCAGCUGAGCAUGCAGUUCUUCUCAGACUGAUGGAAAAACUAGAUUUACUUUGUCCAACGGCAGCAACACAGGACUCGCAAGAGGAAAACAGUAAUUAUAUUAUCCCUAUGCGACUCAGCAUCUGUCACAAUACCCGCAGCAUGUACAUGCAGACUAUGGAAGAUGCUGUGCUAUAUUUAGACUUCAACGGGUUUUUGCCAGAUGGCCUGUUUUUCCGCAUUCUGAAUCGUACAUUCCGUUGGUCGCAAACACUGGGUGGGAGGGAUCAGUGUCUCUCUCGAGAUGUUGCAAGAUUUUACCUUGACUCCAACCAUGAUCUUGUUCUGCAUAUGUCCCAGAGACACCUUCACAGAGUGAAGGUAGUAAUCAUGUUUGUGGGGCAACAAGAAGCCACUUCUCCUCGUCGUACUGGCAGACCACAGCCUGCUGCCUGUGCUUUGGUGCGCAAUUUCCUAGAGUCUACCCUGGCAGACCUGCGUCACCUGUGGAUGAAGCGUAUUGCAUACCAGGUGUGUGUGGUUUGCCCUUGCAAGCGUGUGUGUGAACUGCACAAGACUGAAGGAUGCAAUGAAGAGAAUUGUCUACAUUUUCUUCACCUGGAUGAAUGCCUUGCAAGCAAGGUGGUGUGCUGUGAACAUCGACGUGUGAAAACAGAUGGUGUACGUUCUUGGUUUCCCGAACCUCAGAAUCUUGGCUUUCAAGCACCCAUUGUGCCAGUUGUUCAGUUGGAGGAGAGCUAUGGAAACAUUGAAAAGCAAAUUCAGGGCCUACCUUUGUGGAUGAAGAGUGCCGCAAAACUGUUAAACAGCGGGGAUGAGAACCAGGACUGGAUGGCCCUGGCCCGACUCUUGGAAUAUAAGGCAUCACGCAUUGAACGCCUAACAGAAGAUGCCAAUCCAGCUCUGGCAUUUCUGAUGGACUGGGUGGUUUCCAAUGGCAACACAACCAUGGCUGUUGACCUGCUGACCUCUUGCCUUCAGCAGCUGGGACGUGAUGAUGUCAUCAUGUUGAUUCAGCGUGCUAGAGAGAAUGAGGGUCCUGCUCCUCAGGUGUUCCUCAGCUACCAGUGGGAAGCUCAAGAUCAGGUGCGCAGCAUUAGGGAUCAUUUGGAGCGGCUGGGCUACUCCUGCUGGAUGGAUGUGGGCCAAAUGGGUGGUGGUGAUCAUCUGCGUGCUAAAAUUGAGGAGGGGCUGCGCAAUUGUAAGGUGGUGGUUGCCUGCCUGUCUGCGCGCUAUGUAGCAUCACAGUUGUGCAGCAGGGAGCUGUGUCUGGCUGACUUGCUGCAGAAGCCAAUCGUGCCAGUCAUGCUUCACCCCCUUCCCUGGCCCCCACCUGGUGCUGUGGCCCUUUGCCUGGCCCACUUAGUUUACAUCAAUAUGCAAGGUGUGGGAGGGCAUGGAGGAUCUGGAAUUCAUGCUGAUCUGCAAGACAAGUAUGCGGAAAUUGUUCAGCGUGUUGCCAUGUAUGCUACACCAACACUUACUCCAUAUGUCCGCCUCAGCAAGCUUACUUCCGGAAUCCAGAGGCAGUUGUCCCAAUCAUCAGACACCUCAGAGACAGGAAGUGAAGAGCCAGUGACAUACCGAUACCCAAGUGAGGGAUCCUUCAGUGAACGCAUACCUCAGUACAUGCAUGAUCCCUCUGAGCCAUCCAUGGACGUCCUGCUGUCGCGCAUCAGUGAGUCAGAGGUUGCUGCUCCCAUGCGGCAAGUUCCCACAGCUAAUGUGACAAAAUGCACUGUGUGCACCGUCUUGUGAUAUGGGUGCCUUUCUUCUCAUACCGGCGCCAUCUGAUGGCAUUGUGUGGUGAGCAGCUUCACUAGUGUCCUUUCAUCUGGUAUGCAGCUGGUAUGCAACAGGCUGCUUAUCUGCCUGCCUGUGAUUAAGACAUUUUCAUCCUACCAUUGUUAUGGAGGGCACAUGAUGUACCUUUAGUCAUGGUCACUCAAGAAAUACUGGGUGAAUAGUUUCAUGAUUAGCUUGGUUUUGAAUCACAGACUGCAAUCUGUAUGGCCUUGAUAUAUAUUGCGGAUACAAGAUUUAAUGGUUUUUUUAUAAAAAAAAAAAAGGUCUAUAAACUAUUUUUAAGAAAGCAGGAAAUUUUUUUCUUAAAUAUAUUUAAAGGAUUAAAUGGAUAUUGUAUUUAAUGCAAUAGGUUUUUCUACAAUUAAUAGUCUUUAUUUCUUUGUAAAUUAAGAUUUAGUGCUUUUUGCAUUAAGCCUUAGAGAAUGCAAGAAAUUCUCAUCAGUUAUGAGCAUCUACCACUACUGUGGAUGUGGAAGUAAUAUUGUAAAGGGUGAGUUACAAGGGAUGUGAAAGACAUUGUAUACGGUAAAGGCAGGAUGCAUAUGGUCUUUACAGAUGCUUAUAAGUUUGUAAAUUUGGGGGUGGGCUAAAUAAGGCCUUAAAAGUGCUUAUUUCAAAAACUUGUCUCGUCCUGUCAGAAUCUAGGGGACAUAACUAUUGCCGUUUUCAAAGAUCAAACUACUGCCUUGCAUAAAAAAAUGGGUCUGACUUGAGGAUGGAUGUGAGAAUUUUGACAGCAGUUGAAGCUAUUAGCAAAACAUGACUACUAAGGUAACUAUCACUGUGUGUGCUUCAUAGACCUCUUCCCUGGGUCAAACCAUUCUUUCCUGCCAUAAGCAUUGAUGGAAUUCUUCAUCCUAAAGAAAAGACCAUUUAGGGAUGGAAAAUAACGUUCUGAAUAACUGGGAAGAAGAUGCAGUGAUAAUCAUUUACAGAUAAUCCAAUUUAGUUAUAAAUUAGAAUAGAAACUGUUUUUGUUCCCUCCAGCUAAUUAUAAAAUAUGGUUUGCAGAUUGGGACCAAGAACAAAUGCUUAAAAUUUCUUUAUAGUGGGUUUUUACAAAAUAGGAAAUUAAAACAAGCCAGUGCUGCUGUUCAUCAGAACUUGUGGAUAUGAACAUUAAAAAAAUGAAAUUAGCAUGAUGUGGUGAAAAAAAGUAAUGAAUGUCAUCUUCACUCUUUAAAAAAAAGUUGAAUAAAGAUAAGCAUAAUCUAAUAUUUUUGUUUUGAAUGGUAUCUUCAGAUCCCACAUUUUUGACUAAAGUAAGAAGAAAGCAAAUUGUUUAAAGAAACAUGCGCACCAUUUCAAAGCUCGCUCUCUCAUGCACCUGCAGACAGAAGGAAGAGAGAAGUAGAGCAAAAAGGAUCCAUCUUGCAGAAGACCAUUAAAAAUAGUAAGACAGUCAUUGUGUUUGAGAUUGAAACAGGUAAAGACAGAACUUGACUGAAUGAAUUAAGGAAUUAAUAAUAGGGACAUACAAACAAAUGUGUUGUAGUACAGUUGGAUAAUGAUGUGAUGAAGGUGAUCACAGCUUCUUUGUUAGGUGAAAAAAGGACUAUUGUAACACCAUACAAUCAGUGAAAUCAAACAAUUUCUGCAAAAAUAAAUAAUCUGCCUAAAGGGUAACUGUAAUUGUUCACUUAUGCAGGAUGCAUCUUAUAGAACUAAACUGAGCUGAAACUAAACUGAAUUUGAUUGUCUAAGUGUCACGAAAUUUAUUGCUAGAAUAUUCAGUUUAGUUCAUUUUUGUCAUUAGGAGGUCUUCAGAUUUUGUGAACUGAAAGGAGCGAUGUUGGAUUUUACCGUACUUCAGUCCUUAGAAUCAUUUUAGCUCCCACCCAUGCAUAAGGAACAAGUUUGAUUUGUGUUCGUGGACAACAGUGAUUGGCAGCCAUUUUCAAAUUCAAACUUGGGAAUUUUUUUUUUAUGCAAAUGUCAAGGAAACAAAUGAAGUCACCCCACCUGAAAAUUGUAAUGUCCAGUUUCCAACAGGUUAAAAGAAAAAGACUGGAUAUUGUAUGACAAAAAAGGCAAAGGCACAGUGUGGAUUUUGCAAUGUAUCUUUGACUAUUGCUUCCAUGACUGAAGCUACUCUAAAGAAACUUGAAAACACAAAGACACAGCAAGAAUAAGAAGCACUCUAGAGCUGAAAUGUAUUUCUUCAGUCAUCAUAAGAAGAUGGCUGAUAUGGUUGUACCUCGGGCUUAUAGCUUCCCUAUUUAAUCUAUAAGUCUAUGAUAAAAUGAAAUAUGAAUGACA